AUGAUGUCGACGAGGAACAAGAAAGAGAAACAGGAGAAGGUAAUGAGGUACUUGCACGUGUUGGUGCCCAAGUACCGCUCAGAGAAACUGAGAGGUGGUGGAUGGAAAGGCCGUGUAAUGGAGAUCGAAACCCGUGUCAGGAAAGUGUUUGACAUGUCGUUUCGCAACAGCAAGGAUGCUAUAAAGUCCAUAGAGGCGAAUCAGAAGGUGAUCAUGGAACAGCUGAACGAAUUGCGAAACGCCCAGGGCCAAUCCUCUAGCGUGCCGCAACCGUUGCACCGGCCGCCGCUCAGUGGCGGCGAUACGGGGCCUGCGACUGGGGCGCUAAGGAGGAGGCCUUCUGGAUAUGUGCCCAUUGAUGAAGUGGGGUAUGAGUAUGGCCUGUGA